CCCAUUUGACCGAAAUCAAGAUAUAUUACAUCGACCGCAUUCCCGCUGUCUAUUUAAGAAGUUUCCCUUCCCCGAUUUGAAGGGGGAUUCUGAGAGUUGGUCCUCCCAUCUUAAAGUUGUUGAGAUUAAGACUGUGAUAGAGACCCCUGAAUUCCCAAAUCCAGGCUCCCUGUCGUCUUCCCCAGUUUUCCUGAUGUCACAAUACCGUUGUCUCUCCUUUUCGCCAUAGGUCCGAGGCAGCACAAUGGCUUCGGUGGUGGAGCUGACGGACAACGGCCAUUCCACCUCCCUGCUGAUCCAGUUGAACGAGCAGCGGCUGCGCGGACAGUUCUGCGACAUCACCAUCAUCGCCGAAGACACCAAGUUCAAGGCCCACAAAAAUAUCCUCGCCGCCUCCAGCCCGUACUUCAAGGAGGUCCUGUCCGAGGAAUCGGCGUGUCGCCAUCCUAGCCAGAUCCUGGAGCUUCCUGACAUCCAGGCCAAAGUCUUCUCGGACAUCUUGAACUUCAUUUAUAAUUCUCGGCUCUCGGUGCCUAGUCCGGCCGUCGCCAAGGAGAUUGGGGCGGUGGGCCGACGGCUGGGCAUCUCCCGCUUGGAGAACUUGGAUGACCCCUUGGCCGAGGUCAAGAUGGACAGUCCCGGCAUGGCCUCCCCUCGGGGGUGCAGUUCGCCCAUUGACCUCACCUACCCUUCCCGUUCCACGGAGGCUCCCAGUCCUGUUUGCUUGCAGAAUUUGACCAAAGUGUACAGCCCCGGACAGGACCCCCGCCCGGACUCCGAAACCGAGACCGCCAAGAUCCUCUACAACCUGAGCUCCGUCGCGACCGUACCACCCGCCGUCUCCUCCGAUCUGACAUUCAUGCUGAAGGAAACCGUUGGUUGGGACCACAACCUCUCCGGGACUCCUCCGGCCGCCUCUGUCAACACAAACGAUGGAGCGCCGGCGUCAGCUUCUUCCUCGCCCGCGUCCCCCUCCGGGGCUUCCUACCCAGCCAGCAGCACCUUCUGCUGCGGAAGCUGCAACCGUUCCUUCACGACGUCUUCGGCCCUCGGCCUCCACGUGAAGCUCCACCGGACGCGGCGCUCGCUCUCCUGCCGCCACUGCGGCAAAAGCUUCAUCCACAUCAAGCGGCUGCAGACGCACGAAGUCCUAUGCAAGGAGGGGGAGAAACCCAAGGAGGGCGGCUCCGCAGACCAGCCGCCCGCCAGCCCAGAGUUACCUUCCAAGCCGACGGUAGCAGCCGCAGCGUCUUCCAAAAAGGCUAUGCUUUUCCGCCACCGGGGACCCCCACGGGUGGAUUAUCUCUCGGACCAAGACCACUUUGUCAAAGUGGUAGACGGGCACAUCAUCUACUUCUGCACUGUCUGCGAGCGGUCCUACAUGACCCUGUCCAGCCUCAAACGUCACUCCAACGUCCAUUCCUGGCGCCGGAAGUAUCCGUGCCGCUACUGUGACAAAGUGUUUGCCUUGGCCGAGUACCGCACCAAGCACGAGGUCUGGCACACCGGGGAGCGCCGCUACCAGUGCAUCUUCUGCUGGGAGACUUUUGUGACCUACUACAACCUGAAGACUCACCAGAAAGCUUUCCACGGCAUCAAUCCAGGCCUCAUCUCUUCCGAGAAGACCCCCAACGGGGGCUACAAGCCGAAACUGAACGCCUUGAAACUCUACCGCCUGUUACCCAUGCGCUCCCAAAAGAGGCCGUACAAGACGUACAGCCAGGCGGUGGUCCCCGAGGACCUUCUGCACCCAGCCCACGCCGUGCCCAUGACGCUGGGCGAGGGCGACUCCUUGGAUGGAAACUUGGUCUCCUCCUUGAGUGCUAGUGAGGUGGCUUCUGUGUUCACCACCAAAAAUGCCUCUUUAGAAUUGCCAGAGGCAGACCAGGGCCACCCGCAGGAAACGACGAACACCCAGGACAUGUCCGUACUUUCGGCUACUGGUGAGGAGGGCCAAUUGGAUAAGCCUCCCCGGUCUUUGAGCACAGAGGCUCCCACCGUCAUUGCCUACGGGCACCCCACCUCUUCGGUGAUCGUUCACAGCACCUCGGUGAAAGCCCAGGCGCCUUCCGUGAUCACGUACAACAGCACAUCAUCCAGCGCCCCGUUGAACGCGGGGUCUCCCCCGUCGCUGUCGGCCCCUUCCCCAGUUGUAACCAAACCCAUCAAGAAGCAGGUCCUGAGGGAAUACAUCCAGUCCCAGAAGAUGGAGGAGCAGGCUUCGGAAGAGGACAGCAGCGAGCAGGGAUUCAAGGCGCGGGGAUCCCGAUCGGGGCGUACCAUGACUUAUAUGGCGAAACCAGCCUGUGUGGGAGCCGCGUCAGAAAGCCGCGCAGCCCCCCUCUGCCAAAUCACAGUCCGCAUCGGCGAGGAAGCCAUUGUCAAGCGGCGCAUCUCCGAAACAGACCUCAUGCUUGACAAGAGCAGCCGGGCGGGAGGCCGACGCCUGGAUUUUGGCCGCGACCAGAGCGCCGAGAAACCGCACCAUGCCCUGCUGCCUGCAACGCUCCACGGCAAACGGGCCGAGAGGGUGUUUGUGAAUGACAGCGGCGAGGAGGACAGCGACCGCGGAGACACGGAAGACCAACUCUGGCGCCCCUACUACAGCUAUAAACCCAAACGGAAGGCCGGGGGCAGCGCCGGCAGCGGCGCCGGCAACGCCCUGCCGAAGAUGAAGAAGCAGCGGUGGCGACACAAGCUGCGUUCCCUGCGCUGGAUGAAGCGGUCGGAGGAAACCAAGGAGGGGAGCCGAACGGGGCCCCACCGUCCGGGCUCUGCUGAAGUAUCCGGGGGACAGGAAGCUGCCUCUGACCGGGAUGAGAUGGACCAGCCGAUCAAAGUGGGGGGCGGGCGGGGCACUGAAUGGAAGCACAAGUGUGGCAUUUGCGGCAAACUUUUCUCGGCCCUCAAGAAACUGAGGAAGCACGAACGGGUACACGGACGCCUUGCCAAGGACGAUCAGGCCCUGGCGGUCUUGACGGCCACCCCGCACCGCGUAGGCCGCAAGCCUCUGCUGAAGUUUGCCUGCGCCCACUGCACAAAGGUAUGCAAGACGGCGGCGGCCCUGAGUCGCCACAUGAAACGGCACGAGGGCCAAGAGGAGGCCCCUCUGCCGGUGCUUACCACGGUCAUCGCUUAUUCCAAGAAGGCCACUGAGGUGCCCCUGGCCACCCCUCCACCGGUGGUCAAGGAGGAGACCACCCAGGAGAUGCAGGUGUCGUCUUCCAGCGGGGAGGCACCCGGAGGCCAGGCAGAGGCUCCCGAGGAGGGCUGUGUGGAAAUGGAGCCGUGCGAUGGACACACGCUGGGCCCUCUUCCCGAAGACGAAAACCUGUCGCCGCAGGGGGCAGACAAGUCUCCUUUCCAUGAGGAGGUGCCCGCUCACUCGCCCCCGCUACAGGCCACCACGACCACCACUAGCCUUGCCGAUCUGCCUCCAGAUCUGCCCCACUCUCUUCAAGACCCCGUCAUCUCUCACACGGGCCUGGUCCAGAAAGAGAUCCUGGCGUCCCAGGAGAUGGAAGGCGACCGAUACCCUGUCCAGGAGUACCCUUUGCCGUUGUUGGUGCCCGGGAGUUGCCGAAGCAGGAAGGACGUGGAAGACAAGCCCUCGUUUCUGGCUUACCCCAGCGCCAUCCAGUUCAACGCCGUCGGCAAGGCCGGGAGCAGCAGCGGCGACGGCAAAGUCAGCUUCUACCCUGAGCCGUACCCACUGAUGUACGGGCACCAGCUGCUGGCUGCCUACCCAUACAAUUUCACCCUGCCGGUGGCUUUGAACAUGGUCAUCCCGGACGACAAGGGUCAACCCUUGCCGUUCCUGCCCAACGUUUUCAGUUACUCGAUGAACCCUUGCCGGGGUGUGGUGGGGCACGAGGGCCCUCCGGCAUCCCAUGGGGGCCUGGGGAUGGGCAGUUCGGCUCGGGAGGGCCGAGGCGAGCCGGCGGCGCCCGAGCGGCUGAAGAAAGGUGGGCUCCUUUGAGGGACGGCCCUCCGGGGCGGGAAAGGGGCACCGGAUUACGCUCGGUGGAAGAAAGGCAAGGCGAGAGAAUGGGCCGACCUCCGCCCCUCUUCGGUUCUGAGAAGGGAGGGGUGUCUGUGCUUAUGAGAACCGGUGUUGGGGGGGGGGGUUGUGAAGGCGGAGGCCCCUCCAAAACUGGGGCUGGUAGAAGAGAGACCCCCCCCCCUUCCUAUCAGUGGCAUUUCACAUGGGACGUGUGUCGUAGAGAAGACUUCUUAAAAAAAAAAAUAGCAAAAAUA